CCAUCUUCCCAGUCCCCGCGUCCGCACGCGGACACCGGGAGAAGUCUCCUGGCUUUUCCUGUGGCAUUUCCAGUGACAGCCGCGGGCUCCAUUCCCCGUGCUGUCGGAGACAGGAAGCAAAGUUUGUCAGGAGCCUCGGGGGUGACUUUGCCUCGGGGAACCCGUAUUUGUGCUUGUGCGAGGUGCCUCGGGGUGAGCGGAGCUAGUAGCCGGUUUCCCGGGCAGUGGCGCCGCGCUCCGUCCCUUCCCUGAGCCCCUCCAGCGAUGGUCUAGGAAAAGUGGGGACAGGAACUCGUAGUGGAGAUUCGCAGGCGCCGGUUCCCCGCCCUGGGGAGGGACGGAGCCCCGGAGAGCUUGUCAGUGAGAGCUGGAAGCAGGUUGCUGGGCUCAGCACCCCUAACGCCCCGAAAGGCAGGAUCUGGGGAUCUGGGUGAGGAGGCAGGCGUGUGGUGGGGGACAGGGGCUCGGAAGCUGCUUGAAUACUGCCCUGUGACCGCGGAGAUGAGGGAACAGCCCUUACUUGCCUGAUUCUCCAUGCUGUGUGGUUGUGGAAUGCAAAAGCCAGGACAUGAUGAAAACAGGACUUCAAGAUCCUUUCAGAAUGCCAGAGAGAAGUUCUCCCAGGCGGACCCCGCAGAGUGUUCCUUACCAGGACCUCCCUCACCUCGUCAAUGCCGACGGACAGUACCUCUUCUGCAGGUACUGGAAACCCACCAGCACACCCAAGGCCCUCAUCUUUGUGUCCCAUGGAGCCGGGGAGCACUGUGGCCGCUACGAUGACUUGGCUCAGAUGCUGGUGGGGCUGGAGCUGCUGGUGUUCGCCCACGACCACGUUGGCCAUGGACAGAGCGAAGGGGAGAGGAUGGUAGUAUCUGACUUCCACGUUUUCAUCAGGGAUGUGUUGCAGCAUGUGGAUAUCAUGCAGAAAGACUACCCCGGGCUUCCUGUCUUUCUUCUGGGCCACUCCAUGGGAGGUGCCAUCACCAUCCUCACGGCUGCAGAAAGGCCCGGCCACUUCUCCGGCAUGGUUCUGAUUUCGCCUCUGGUUCUUGCCAAUCCUGAGUCCGCAACAACUUUCAAGGUCUUUGCUGCGAAAAUCCUCAACUUUGUCCUGCCAAACCUGUCCCUGGGCCCGAUCGACUCCAGUGUGCUCUCUCGGAAUAAGACAGAGGUCGACCUUUAUAACUCAGACCCCCUCAUCUGCCGGGCGGGGCUGAAGGUGUGCUUUGGCAUCCAGCUGCUCAACGCCGUGUCGAGGGUGGAGCGUGCCCUCCCCAAGCUGACACUGCCCUUCCUGCUGCUCCAGGGCUCCGCUGACCGCCUGUGUGACAGCAAAGGGGCCUACCUGCUCAUGGAGUCUGCCAAGAGCCAGGACAAGACACUCAAGCUUUCUCAUGUCCAGGGUCUUAGGGCAGGUGUGGUGUCUGGCCUCCCCAAGCCUGGCUUCGUGCACCAGCAGCAGCUCCCAAGCGGCCACUGCCCCCAGGAACUGGGGAUGCAAAGAUCUACGAAGGUGCCUACCACAUUCUCCACAAAGAGCUUCCUGAGGUGACCAACUCUGUCUUUCAUGAAAUAAACAUGUGGGUCUCUCAAAGGACAGCAGUGGCGGGAGCAGAGUGCCCACCUUGAGCACACUGGCUGGGUGGCUGUCCCUGGCCGGGGAAGCGGGCAGACAAAGGGCAGAAGCUGGCUUCUCUGAUGUGGCUUGCCAAAACAAAUCACAAAUUGGAGGAAUUCCUAGCAUAAUUUACUACCAAAAACUAUAUAUUUUCUUGUCAUAUAUUCGGCUGUCCGCCACCAGACCCACCUUGAGGGGUAGACAUUUUAUCCCAAAACAGAGAAGGGUCACAGACCGUGUCCCAGAAAGGGAAUGUGCUGAAAUGUCCUCAAACCAAGCAAAGCCUCUGCCCCACCUCUCCCAGCUCCCCCAAGGUUCCCAGGAAUUCCUGGUGUGCCCAGGGCCCCUGGCUGCAAUAACUGGAGGACUGUCCCCUCCAGCACCCAUCUCCCCCUUUCCCUCCAGAUGGCCUUGCUCUGUGGCCUUUUUCUGGCCCCGUGCGGCCUCACAUGCCCUCUGAGGCCCAGAAUAUGCACAGUACUUCCUCAAAAUGAGUGCCCACCAGUGACCCGUGUCAGCUCCUUGCCAGGGGGAGCAGGGCUUUGGGAAGGGACAGGCCUGGCCCUGAGACAGCUCAGCAGGGACCUACUCCUUCCUGCUGGGGUGGAGGUGCCUGCCGAGUGCUGUAUAUAUUCAGGCUGCCUUUCUUGACGUGACUAAUUGCCUGCUGCUCUGAGAGGACAGUUAUAUUGAAGAUGAAAUGUCUAAUAUAUAAUGUAUAUUCUAAA